UAAGAAGGACUGGAGUGUGCGUGGUGCGCAUGGUUUGACUUGACCGGUAUGAAUAUAUGCAGUAGACAGCGUGUGUCAGUAUGGGUGAAUUGUCUAUUUGUAAAUAAAAACAUACCCGAUCUUGCAAUGUGGUCUUGGUUCCUCGCGAUUGUGGUAGUUUGAGCAAGCAUCAGAUGUAAAUCUGAGCGCUUCUUGGCUGUCUGCUGCUCCAGAUAAGCGUUCAGUUCGCGAUUAAAGUCCCAGCAAAUCGGAAGCAUUCUCGUCGUAGUCCCUUACCGGUGGUAGUCGUUCCUAGAUCGCUGGAGUGAACGUGAACCGUGUAGUAUGGAGGGAGGUGCUUUCUAGCUCUCCAAAAACGUCACAAAUGGUACACACAGUCAUGUUUUGGUGGUUGGUGGUGUUUCUAGUUAAAGCUGUACUUACACAGCGACGAAUAAACCAGGCGUGCAUCCUAACGAAUGGAAGAUCUGGACAAUGCAUCCGUAUUGGCGAGUGUUCCAAGAUAGCGGAGCUGACUACUCGAAAUGUGGUAUAUUCGUGGGAAAUGCAGCAGAUAAGGGCGGUGUUGCGUGCCUGCGAAAGUGACGAGAGCUCAUCCGACCCAAUUGUUUGUUGUGAAUCUGCGCAGUCAACAUCCACCAGACGUAGAUUAAAUAAAGCAGUAGCAUCAACUGCUGUUACUUCAACAACUACAACAACAACAACUACUACUACUAGUACUACAACGGCUUCUUAUCCAUCUACCACAACAACCACAGGGCGACGAGUUACCCUGCAUAGCGACACAACGACGAUAAACCCGGCAUAUGCUGCAGGAUUCACAUCUUCUAUUAUGCCUGAUACUACGCCUAAUUCUACGCCUGCUAUGUUUGGAAUAAGAGGAAUAUUUACCUUGAAAACAUCCAGCACCACAAUCCGUUCGGACCACUUUAAGGAUGUGCUUCCGGCACAUUGUGGUGAGUUAUCGCCCUUGGCACUCGUCUAUUCCGAAGUGGAAGACGAAGAGAACGUCCACGUGUGGGCCGUUUACUUAGAGAUUCAGCGCUCCAAGAGCACCACCAAGGGACGAUGUGUAGGGACCUUGAUCCAUGACCGGUAUGUCCUAACCGCAGCACACUGUGUCCACAACUUGAAGUUGGAAAAAAUCAAACUGUACUUCGGACUGUUCUUGAUCAGCACGCUGGGGCAGUGUCUAGCCGAUCGUGUAUGCCAGGAACGGCGGCCAGCAGAACUGAUCGUUCAUCAGGAUUAUAACUCUCAUGCCCGACUGAAUGAUAUCGCACUCAUCAGGGUAAGCGAAGCCGUUCAAUUCACGCAGGACGUGAGACCCGCCUGUCUACCAUUUAACUAUCUGUUCGACGAGAGUUUGGCAAGUCCACGGGUGCUUUCGCUCGGUUGGGGUGAAUACCAACAAGGUACAAUGAGCGAUUCAAAACGCAUCGUGCAGCUGGAAAUAAUCAAAGAGGACGAAUGUGGUGACCAGCUCAAGAAGUGGCAACGAUUUAACAUCUCUAUGCUCUCCAGCGUCAUGUGUACGGUCGGAGUGCUGGCCGGGCAAGACGUUUGCGAAGGUGAUUCAGGAGCACCGAUAGUACAGAUCCGGAACGACCGCUACUUUGUGAUCGGUGUGGUCAGCUUCGGUCCCAAAUGUGGUAUGGGCACGGGCAUCGCCGGUAUGUCGACGCGCGUGUCAGAAUACAAAAAUUGGAUUCUUACCAACAUGAAUCGUCACCUGAUUUAAGAAGGGCUGGAGUGUGCGUGGUGCGCAUGGUUGGGCUUGAACGGUAUGAGUUUGUGCAGUAGACCGUGCGUGUCAGUAUGGGUGAAUUGUCUAUUUGUAAAUAAAAACAUUCCUGAUCUUGCCAA